ACUGUAUCAGAAGUAGGUGACAAAUGAGUAACGGUUCGUGGUUACCUGAAGAGGACUUCAAGGGUCUAUCGGAUAACUUCUUUGAUAAUCUCAUUGAUCCUAAUGAUGAUUUUUCUCUGGAAGACAUCGAGACUGCCGAUGAUGAGGGAGAUUGGGAUGCCGGGUUUCAAAACCUCGUACCUCCACCAUUGGAUGUGCUAACGAGUUUGUCCUCUGAGUUUUCUUGCAAUGGACAGCGUGUGCCAGUCCAGAAGCCUGUACCCAGUUUGAAGCAGUCGUGUUCUUCGGAAGCUUUUACUGUUGAUAACUCACCUGCUGAUGUCAAAGUCCCAAAGCUAUUUCAAUCCUCAAGCCCAGUCUCAGUUCUUGAGAGUACCAACGGUUCUGUCUCAUCCCUAAACCUACACAGAGCUCUGAAACUGGCCUUUCCUGUGAAAGGCAUCAGAAACAAGCGCAAACGCCCCACACUGCUGAGAGUUACAUUCCUCCAGGCAUUUGGAUUCGAAAUGUCUCAGCAGUUUGCUCCGGAUGAAUCAGAAUCUGAAAUUAACCUCUCUUCUGAGAUAUCCGCCAACAAAAAACGCAAGAGGAACAAGAGUCAUCCUAUCCACCAGGUCCAUAACAGUCCAAAACCAUUUAACUCAGGUGGGAGAGUCCAGAAAUGCACUCAUUGCGAGACAACCAAUACCCCGCAGUGGAGGGAAGGACCCAGUGGUCCUAAAACCCUCUGCAAUGCUUGCGGAGUCCGGUUCAGAUCAGGCCGUCUUGUUCCAGAAUACCGUCCAGCAUCAAGCCCGACCUUCAUCCCAACUGUGCAUUCAAAUAUGCACAGGAAGAUCAUACAGAUGAGAAGCAAAGAUGAAGGCCAGUUUGAUACCAGAAAGAUCCGUGCCAUGACAUCCCGAGCAGAGACUAAACCAGGGCUUUGUAACUUCGGCAGACCAAUGAGUUUGGUCAAUGAAAAACAAAAUUGUCCAGGUUCGAAUCUCGUCUUUGAAAAGGGGACUAAUUUACCCGCUUCGGUCCCCGGCCACGGCCAGCCCGAGCGGAUUACAGGUCUAUUGCCAAAUCCUUUUGGAUAAGACUGUAAGAGUAGCUAGUGUAAUGCCAUUUUUCUUUUGUUAAGCUAUUUGAGGAACAACCAUAUUAUUUUAUUUUUCAAUGUCAUUUUUACUCUUUCUCCUUUACUACAUUAUCACACAACAAAGCUUUACAAAGAGAAAAUGUAUGUAUGUGUGUUUCAUAUCGCAAAAUGAUAAAAUAACCUCGCAAGCCUUUCUUUUAUGUAAAAUGAAGCAUAUGUCAAAUC